CCGUGGCCGUGACGUCAGUAUAGGAAGUAAUUGUAGAGCAACACUAGAACGAUUACAAGCAAAAGGGGAGCGUGAUGUUGAGGAGUUAGCCGUACGAAUCUCCACACCACAACUUUGAGAGAAAGUUCAUUACCCAUAACAAAAGGACGUGGACUACACAGACAGACCCACUGGUCUCCAGAUUUACUAUUGAAUGUAACAACAUAUUCUUGGACCGUAUUUUUAUAUACAACGUGGAUUUCGCUUUUGUUUAUUUUCCUGACCAUUUCAACUCUUAAAUUCGUUUGACUUUUAGGAGUACAUGUGCCUCUGUUUAUGUUCUCUUAUAGUUUUCGUUUAGUUUUAAUUGUAUGGAGGAUACAAUUUAAUGUUGUUAUGAAGACUUAAAUCACCUUAUUUAUUUCCUUUUCUUACUAUGGAAUCCUCCAGCGGAUCGAACUUUGGAAUAGACACUAUUUUAUCCAACGCUACUAAUUCUGUUAACACCGCGCUAAUGAACGGAGAUUUCCGCCUCGGUGACAGCAGGACAGCGGAUUUCAGCCGGAGCCAGGCCACCCCGUCCCCGUCAUGUUCGGACAUAGACACAGUGGGAACGGCCCCCUCUUCCCCCAUCUCCGUCACCAUGGAGCACGCCGAGCCGCAUCUGCUCCAAGACAGCCAACCACAUCAUCACCACCACCACAACCAACCAGGGAAUUUGCAACUAUCGCCCCAGCCACAGCAGCUAGGGGCCGGGGCCGGCUGUGCCCCCAGGACUGCCACCUCUUCGUUUUUAAUCAAAGACAUUUUAGGCGACAGCAAACCCCUGGCAGCGUGCGCACCUUACAGCACCAGCGUACAGUCACCCCAUCACACCCCCAAACCAGAGAAUGCCAGGGACAGUGGGGACGGCUUCAGGCCGAAGUUGGAACAAGAUGAAAAUAGGAGCAAGUUGGACAAAAGAGACGAUAUGGAAAUGAAAUGCAACGGAACAAAAGAAGAGAAUGAACGGGAAAUUUCAAGUAGCAGAGAUAGUCCUCAAUCACGGUCAAAAAAACCUCGUAAAGCACGGACGGCUUUUUCAGACCAUCAACUCAACCAACUCGAGCGAAGCUUCGAGCGCCAAAAAUACCUCAGCGUGCAGGAUCGCAUGGACCUCGCGGCAGCACUCAACCUGACCGACACACAGGUGAAAACCUGGUACCAAAACCGACGGACGAAGUGGAAAAGACAGACAGCGGUCGGAUUAGAGCUACUGGCUGAAGCCGGAAAUUAUUCCGCUUUACAAAGAAUGUUCCCGUCGCCCUAUUUCUACCACCCGAGCUUGUUGGGCACCAUGGACAGCACAACAGCAGCCGCCGCAGCCGCAGCAAUGUACAGCAGUAUGUACCGGACUCCGCAGCAACCACAUCCCGGUCUCCAGAGACCCCUUGUCCCGAGAGUACUCAUCCAUGGCCUUGGGCCUGGGGGCCAACCGGCGUUGAACCCGCUGGGUAACGCCAUGCCCGGCACGCAGCAUCAGCGGUAGAUACAACAACAAGACGAUUCCAUAAAAACAGUUUUAACCUGGUCUACAUGUGAUGUGACUAACUGCGCUCAACAAACGAUGAAAAAUACAUUUGAAAAAAAAAAAACAGUAUAUAAAAUACAACUUUACAGAAGAAGUAAAAGGAUGUAAUAUUGAAUAUGACUGAGAGCCAGCAUCGAGUCGAGGCCAUGACAGAAAAAGGACUGUUCAUAUGUCUGAUUGAUUGUUUGUUUAGUUUUUUUUGUACAAAUACACUUAUACUAGCAAAUAAACUUAUAAAGUUUAUUAGAUGGAGAGAAAGGGUUGAAUAAAGACGGAAUGAUACUAAAA